AUGGCACCUUAUGUUCAAGAAUUAAGUGGAACCGAUGUGCUCUCUCAAGCUCCCCUCCAUUUUAAGAGCGCGAUGUUGAACCAUGACCAGAUCAUAAAGCCUGUCGCGGAUGAUUUCAUGUACGACUUCAAGUACAACCACCCUCUCCCUACCACGGAUAUGUUAGGGGUUAAAAUCCCCACCGAUUGUGAUUCUCGGAAAGAGGCCGAGGGAAUCGUCGCCCGUCUCUCUAAAGCCACAUCGGAGGAGGACGCGCAAUCAUUUGCUGAACUGUUUCUCGAUUCUGGCGUUUGGCGUGAUAAGCUCUCAUUCACCUGGGACUUCCGUACUUUCAACUUCAAAGAUACCAUCCUCAAAGCCGCUGCCGAUCUUUUGUCUCAAACCAAGGCUAGAAAUUUCGAGUUUCUCGACCCUGCACCCUCGGUGUCUCAUCCUUACCCCGAUUUCUCGCAACUACAAUUCGUUGUGUCUUUCGAGACCGAGAUCGUUCUCGCUUCUGCCGUUAUCAAUGCGGUCCUCACUCAGGAUGGUUGGAAAAUUUACACCAUGCACACUGUUGCCGAAACACUCAAACAAUUCCCUGAACAGGCUGCGCCAGAUGGACAUAUGACCGGCAUCACCAGCUGGGAGAGUCAGAGAUCCGAGGCCAUCAACACAGUUGACCCAGAGGUAUUGAUCGUCGGUGGUGGACAAAAUGGCCUUGCUAUGGCGGCACGCCUCAAAGUUCUCGGUAUGGACAGCUUGAUUAUCGAGCGCAGCGACGAAAUCGGAGAUGUCUGGAAGAAGCGUUACGAGUAUCUCUCAUUGCACUUCCCACACUGGCCAGACAACUUGCCAUAUUUCAAAUACCCUCAGCAUUGGCCCACUUACACCCCAGCUCAGAAGCAGGGUCUCUAUAUGAAGUGGUAUGCAUCUGCCCUGGAGCUCAAUGUCUGGACCAAAUCAGAGGUUGUGAAAGCCGACCAAGAUAACGAGGGCAAAUGGACAGUUAUGAUCAGCAAGGAGGGCAAAGAGACACGCACACUACGCCCCAAGCAGCUUAUCAUGGCCACAUCACUAUGCGGUGUCCCUUCUAUGCCGGCUGUUCCUGGCAUGUCUGACUUCCGAGGCGAGAUCCGACACUCCAGUGCGCACAAGAGUUCGCGUGACUUCGUCGGAAAGAAGGUCUGCGUCGUCGGUACCUCAUCCUCGGGAUUCGAUACAGCAUACGAGUGCGCUCGUCUGGGAAUCGAUGUCACUCUUCUCCAGCGAUCACCGACUUACGUUAUGUCAUUGACCCAUUCCGUCCCCCGCAUGCUUGGAAUUUACGCACCCGACAAGAAUGGAAAUCUCCCAGACACUGAAGCCAUGGAUCGAAUCAACUUCUCUACGCCAGUUGGACCUAGUGAGGAACUGGCAAAACGCACCGCGAAGACCCUUGAGGAACUUGACAGGCCCCUGUUGGAAGGUCUCAAUGCUCGUGGUCUGCGAACAUGGCGUGGCCAGCGCGAUACUGGCAAUUCUACCCUUGGUCAGACGCGGAAUGGUGGAUUCUAUUUCGAUGCUGGUGCCUGCGAAGAAAUCAUCAACGGCAAUAUCAAAGUGGAGCCUGGUUUUAUUCAGGAGUUCACUGAAGAUAAAGUCAUCCUGAAUGGCGGACGCGAGAAGGAAUUCGACCUUGUUGUCUUUGCUACCGGGUUUUCCAACACGAUCGACUCCAUUCGCGCCACUCUCGGUGAGAAAAUUGCCAGAAAGUGCGGACCUAUUUGGGGUAUCGAUGAAGAAGGCGAGUUUAAGACAGUCUACAAGGAGACGGGAGUGCCCAACAUGUGGAUUAUGGUUGGUUUCCUUCCAAUGACCCGGUAUGCCUCUAAGUUACUGGCUUUGCGGCUCAAGGCCCUCAAGGAAGGCAUUUCCCCUCCACCUUACAAGAUUUAA